AGCCAAUUGCAACAGUGGGCAGGGGGCCAGGCUCCCUUUGAUUUGCUUUAACAGGAUCCGGACGUUUUGCAAAAUGUUAUGGCAUUUAUGGAAAAAAGUAAUUUCCAAGGGAGCCCAAACCCCGCCUGUAGCAAGGCACAGUUUUACUGGGCGGACACGUAUAGCACUGGACCUUGGGAAUUUUCCGUAACUGGGUCGCCGCAGGCAGGCGGUGGAGAGAAGUUACAAUAAACAGCCCCAAGGCAAGGAGGAGGGAACCGGUCUGAAAGAAGGAGGGAGGGGUGUGAGCUUUAGUCUUUGCAGUUUGCAACUCUCUCCCGGCUGCAGCGCCGAGAUCGAGUUGCAGGGGAGAUGGGAGAAGACGGAGUGCAAGCGGAGAAAAGCAGCGGGCAGGCCGUGCAAGGCAGCCCGGAGGCCGGCCCGAGUGUGGAAUCCAGCUCGCCCCCGAGCCCGGCCCCGGCUCCGGCCCCGGCAGGCGGCUCGCUGAUGGACGGCUCGCAGGUUAACGCGAUCACGGUGCUGGCUCUGCUCGACAAGUUGGUGAACAUGCUGGACACGGUGCAGGAUAACCAGAGGAAGAUGGAGCAUCGUCAGAUCGGGGUGGAGAGCUCGGUCAGGGGCAUCCAGAGCGACAUCACCAAACUCUCCAAGAGUCACACCACCACCAGCAACACCGUCAACAAGCUGCUGGACAAGUCGAGGAAAGUCAGUAGCAACGUGCAGGAGAUGCGGGAGCGCCUGGACAAGCAGGCGGUGCAGGUCAAGAAGCUCGAGAGCAACCAGGCGCAGCUCCUGAAGAAGAACAACUUCAGAGUGCUGAUCUUCCAGGAGGAAACAGAGAUUCCAGCCAAAGUUUUUGCUGAGAAGCCAAAAGAUGAUGUGGCAGCAGAGGAAUGUGUGGAUGAGAACAAACCAGUGGAAGAUAGUCUUCCUUCGCUGGAACUGUCCUCUGAUGAAGACAUCCAUGAAGGUGAAGACAAUGAUGGGGAAAGAUCUGAAAAGUUGGAACAGUCCAGGGCUGCAAAAAUCAAGCGAUCAAGCAUGAAGAAAGUUGAUAGUAUCAAGAAAGCAUUUUCCCGUGAGAACAUUGAGAAAAGGAUGAAUAAGUUUGGCACAAAGAUUGUAUCUCCAGAAAGACGAGAGAAGAUUAAGAAGUCACUCACCCCAAAUCAACAGAAAUCGCAGUCAGCUAAGUCCUCCAACUUCAGAGUAACCCCUAUGACGUUCAAGGUGAAAAAGGUGAGGAAUGGGGAGACUCCUCCACAGAGCCCCAGUGAUGCAGUUGUUACCAUGGAAACUGACCCAUCUGGUUCUCCUGAAGACAGCGAGUUCCCUGAAGUACACUUGGGCCCCAACGUUUUGACAACUGAAGAGGUUAAGGAGAUGAUGGAGGAUGCAGAAGAUGAAGUGAAAGAGGCAGAAUUGGCAAUGGGAAGUAGCAAUAACAGGGGCAUUGUGAUGAAGGCAGAAAGCACAGAGGAGGCUGAUAUUUUGCUGGAGACCCACCCUGAAGUCCCAUCAGAAGGCAAAGUAAGACACAUAGGGCCGAAUAUAGAGUUGCACAUUGAGGAAACAGACGAGCCCGCUGUUCUGCAGAUAAAGCAAACUGCCUAAAUCCCUGGGAAGUGGAUCAAUAAACCUCAAUUUCUACACAAAAAUCAUGCUUAUAGUUAUUAGCUACUGUAACUAUAUGGGAAGUGAGUGGCUAGGUUAGGGAGAUUUGAAGCAUGUCGGAGGAGGGAAAAUGAAAGGGAAGAGAUAAGUGAGUAAUAGUCAAAGUUAUGAAAAAUGGCACUGGGUUGUGUUUAUACAAUUGUGUACGUGGUGAGGAAGUAAAAAUGGUUUUGAAACUCUGGACAAAGUUUGUGUUACGUGGUUUUUAUACUUAGAGCAAUGAAUGAAAGUUGUAGGACAAACAUUGAAAUGUAUCUGUUUCAUACAUAAAAAUACUCUAUUUUGAUUCAUAGAUGCAAGCUAUUUUGGUAUACACCAAUUUGGGGGGAAAAAAUUGUGCAUAAAACUGGCUAACUCAAACUUUACAGUGCUACUUUUUUAGUUAUUGUUACUCCCAAUGUAAAUGUAAGCAGUUCAGUUACCCUGGUGUCAGUUCAUGGUCUCUGUAAUGUGGAUGAAUUCCAGUUUCUAUCACACUUUAUUGCUGAUUUGAGUAAAGCUUUCCUGAAAUAUAAUGCCACAAUAAGUAUACAAUCUAAUUAUCUCCAUAUGUAAUAUAUUACUUUGUGCACAUUCUUAUUGUUUUCCUGUUUGCUACAAAACAAAAUUAAAGCUUAAAUGUUUUAUUAUCAUAAUUAAAUAUGCAAAUAAAGAUGAUUUAAAAGUG